AUGGUGCAUCCCAGACACUUUCAUAUGGAGCUCGACGAGCACGCGCUACUGGAGGAGUUCGAUGAACGAGUGAAAGAAGGCGUCGUCAUAUACGAAGGUGACCAUCAAGUCAUCAGAGAAACUUACAAUGGCUUUCCAUUCGAGUUCCGAAUCCUCAAAGGCCACGCUUCCAAACCCGAAGUCUCCAGUUCUGGCAGUACCCCCUCGGCUUCCUCAGCCACUAUCUCGAGCAAUGGGUCGACAGCCCACCGGCCAAAAACACCCGAAUACCUGCCUGGAAGCGACAUCAGUCUCACUGGUUUUGAGGUCCGCAACUCCAAUGCCGAUGUCGGUCUCGCGCACUACAUGAUCUUCAACAAGUUUUGCGCCGCCCGGCCUCAUUACUUGCUCCUGACGCAAAAUGGACACCGACGACAGCACGAGAGCCUGAAUUUCGACGACUUUGGUACUUUGUGGGGGGUAUUGUCGGUGUUGAACAAAGACUGGGAAGCGAAGAAGCCUGGCGCCAGGCGGUACAUGGGAAUGUUCAACUGUGGAAUCGAUAGCGGGUGCAGCAGGUUACACAAGCACAUGCAAGUACUUGCAGUUCCAGAUGAGGCCGAGUUUGGGCUGUGGCCGGACUCGGCUUCAAAGUGCAUUCCGUUCAAGUACUACAAACAUGAUAUUGAUGGGCGUUUGGAUGAGCUCUCCAGAGAAAGAGAGGCCUGGGAAAGGUAUUUUGAGUUUACAGCUGCUGCUCAAGAAGCAUUGAUGAAGGCAGGUUAUAUCCCAAACGCGCCGGAUGGGGUUGAUGCUACCGAGAUAGUUCCACACAACAUUAUUCUUACGCGGGAGUGGCUCCUGGUGAUCCCGAGAACCCAGGCUGGAAUGAACGGAGCUGAUGCUAAUGCUGCAGGGUAUUUGGGCAUGGUCUGGGUAUCGGAUGAAGGCAGGAUGAGGAAGUGGACAGACCAAGGCCCUGUCGAGCUGCUAACGCGUCUGGGUUUACCUAAUGACAUCCAAGAGUUUUAUAGUAAGCAGAUAGACUGA